GUCUUCACCACAACCAUUAAUUGAGAAGUGUUUUGACAGGACAUCGGGCACUUUGUAUACUAUGUGCCCGGUGCCCGACGGUUUUCCGGUGUAAUCAAAUGAGUGGCCAUUCAUCUUUCGUCAGGGACUAUUGGGAUUACUAAAGGACAUAAGAGCCAGAACAUGCCGCACGACUCGACCAGCAAACCAAGCAAAACCAAGGGAAUAAAGAACCUUGCUCGCGUUCUCAGUGACAAGGACUCCGACUUACCAUCUCCUUACGCCAAGAAUGACGACGGUGAAUCCGUGCUGCCAUCGGCAUUCAGGGGCCGCCUGUACGAGUUGUUCGGCCAGAUCGAGAAAGAGUUCGAGUCGCUGUACGCCGAGAAUCUCGCACUGAAGGAGAAGGUGGAGACGCUGAGCGAGCAGCUGGGCGCCUGUUCCCUGCUGCCGGCCAGCGGCGCCCAUGAGUUGACCGUCGACGCGCACGUGGCAGGGGAGCCCGCCUCCACCGCCGUCGCGGGGGCCAAGGCCACGGCCAAGGCCAAGAGGGAGUCCAUGACCGCAAGCCAGCUGUCACAGAAAAUAAAGAGCACAUACAAGCUGAAGGCUUCCACCAGUCGCAUUGUCUCCAGCUUCAAAACAUCCACCCUCAGCUGUCAACUGGCUGUGAGCUACUUUGGCCAUCGUGAUGGAGUCUGGGAGGUCAGCACAUCACGCUCGGGCCUUUUGGUCAUUGCAACAGCAUCUGCAGACCAUACUGCCAGGCUUUGGGACAUUCAGACAGGCCAGUGCAUUGUGCAGUAUGCGGGACAUGAGGGUUCAGUGAACUCUGUGCGCUUCCACCCAACACAAGACCUGCUCGUGACAGCCUCGGGAGACCAGAGCGCCCACAUCUGGAGGGCUGCCACAUCAGCAGCUGCUGCUCUGGAUUUAGUGAAAGGACAUUCAUCUGAAGACGAGGUUGACCUUUCGGAGAAGGAGGAUGAUAUUGACUCUGCAAGCAAUGUUCUUGUAAUGAAAAGCCCUUUGACUGAGCUGACGGGCCAUAGCAGUGUUGUGAUAGCAUCCGACUGGUUGUCGGGUGGGGACCAGGUGAUCACUGCAUCCUGGGAUCGCACAGCCAACGUCUACGACGUUGAGAAGGGAGAGCUUGUCAUUCAGCUUGUUGGCCACGACCAAGAAUUGACCCACACCAGUGCACAUCCGACGCAGCGUCUGGUGGUGACGUCCUCCAAGGACACGACGUUUCGGCUGUGGGACUUCAGGGAGCCAAUACACUCGGUCAGCGUGUUUCAGGGCCACACAGAGGCUGUCACCUCUGCCGUAUUUGCAUCGGCAGACAAGGUUGUGUCAGGAAGCGAUGACCGCACGGUUAAGAUCUGGGACUUAAAGAACAUGAGGUCACCACUGACAACAAUCAGGCUGGACUCGCCUGUUAACAGGCUUGCCAUCUCCAACCAGAAUGUCAUAGCCAUUCCGCAUGACAACAGGCAGGUCAGGCUGUAUGACAUGUCUGGCGUUCGUCUUGCGAGGCUACCCCGCAACAGCAGACAGGGCCACCGGCGUAUGGUGUGUGCCGCCGCCUGGCUCGACACCGACCAGGCCAAUGUCAAGGCAAAUCUCUUCACCUGCGGCUUUGAUCGCAACACUCUGGGCUGGAAUGUUGGUGUACCUUCCAAGGAGGAGUGCAAGGCCAGCCAUCUGAAGGCCAACUGAGAGAGCACAGCACUGAACCUGUCGAAAGCUCUCCAGAUUGCUUUUGUUUCUUGCUCCUGUUCCCCCACAAGUUCCCGUUGGCCGGUAUGGAAUCUGGAAGAGCACGUAGAGGGCACAGCAAACUUGGUGCCGAAAGCAGGGCUACUUAUCGCAAGCAGUGGUGAACAUAUCAGGUGCAGGAUGUCUGCGUGCAGAUGGCAGGAACAGCUUUGUUUUGUGUGGUGAGCUUGGUGCCACAUUGGACAUUAAUCUCUUCUGUUGAAUUGAGUGUAGAAGAAACUAUCCUUUUUUUUUUCCUUCUUUUUUCUAGGAAAAAUACUUAUUAUGCUGUAGGAAAGUGCUGUUGAGCAGCACAGGAUUGUUUUUCAGUGUUUUGUUAACAUCCUGCGAUUUGUAAUUUUUUUUUUUUCGCACAGAAGUAUGAAUUUCAAUUUAGCUGUGAAUGCUGGAUGACAAGCAAGUAUAGGCCUGUCAUAAAACAAUAGCGACAACAGCAAGCGUCAUGUGCAAAGGACUCUUGUACUGAUGUACCGUUUUGCGCCUCCUUCGUGGGUGUCAAUCAAGGCUUGACGAGUCUGUGAUUUGGACUUCAAAGUGUCAGCGAGCUUAGGUGCAGUUGGCUGAAAGCCAGGUCCAGGAAGUGUUAAAAACAGUCAAUCCUACUUUUCUUUUCUACUCCGAUUGUGGAACGUACAGUGUAUUACAAGAGAGAAAAGAUGAGACUAGUUGCAAUAAUCCUAUACUUAUCUCUUCAUUUGAGUAGCGGUGGUGAGCCCAGGUGUCGUGACGUGGCACACAUUUUCGUGAGAAUUACCAAAGGAGAGUUCCAAGAGAUUUGUAGACACCGUUGAUGUUGUAGGCAUCUGUUUGGUUUGUACAGUUCAUUUGACAGUUGUUUUAUUUGGUUUAUAAACAGUUGCAUAACAUGCAGAAGUUGUGUAUGUUUAUCAUACUGGCAGUGCCCAUGAGUGAGCAGCUGUUACUAGCCGGUUGUCUUACUAUUACAAGACGUGACAGAGUGCAUUUGUUCUCUCUUACCCAAUGCAUUUCACCCAAGUAGUCCCCCAACCGCGUGAAUGAUUCUGUAAGGGCAACCAAGACAAUAAUUUCUUGUGAACCACACAAACUUUAAUUUCUUCACGCUACAGUGCAUGGUGUUGUCAAAGUUCUAAUGCACCAUUUUACAGGCUGGAUCUUUCCUUUUGCGCCAUUAGCAAGUUGUUUUAAAGUUCACUUGCUUUCAGUUAAUGUGUAUUGUGAGUCACAUACUUCGCAAGUGUGCGACUCAUUGUGGCCACGUAAAUGUCAUUUUAGUUGAAUAACUUCGUAGGAAGGUGCCGUAACAAGAAUGUGUAAUGGCUGUAAUGUGGCACUGGACAUGCUAGAAGCUUUGUGGUUCUGCUACUCUUGGCUUUAGAGUACCGUAUUUACACGAUUGUAAGUCGACUCGAAUGUAGGUCGACCCCCCCAAAAUUGCAUGUCUCAAAAAAAAAAAAAAAUGGGGGGGGGGGGGGGGGGAGAAAAACCACGCAAGUGCAUUUCACACAAGGGAAAUUUAUUGAUAGGGUUGCUAAGACUACUCAUCGUCACUAGAGUUGACCUCACUGGUAAUGCUGCCGUCAUAGCUGCUGCGGUCCCACAGUACGUCGUCAUCAAGAGUGAGUCCACACUUCGCGAACGACCGCACCACGACAUCGCGCGGUACAGCCCCCCACGCAGAGAGGACCCACCCGCACACAGUAGCCAGUGAGGCCAAAUUUUCUCGCGCUGAAUCCGCCACUGCCACACCACACGUUCACUGACUCCAGACUUGCGUCCCGCUGCGCAGUUGUUAGUUUCCUCAACAUGGAGGAUAGCAGCCCGUUUGAACGCUGCUGAGAACGAGCGCCGAAAGUUCUUGGCACUCAUGACAGGCGCGACGAUUCAGCACAACAGCAGAAGUGACAGAUGCGCGCGGCCGUCGAAAACAAUCGUAUCUCAAAGAAAAGCUCUUCCGCCAACUACUAAUACCCCCCAAACGACGGCUCUUCCGCCAACUACCAAUACCCCCUAACGGCAGCUCUUCCGCCAGCUACCAAUACCCCCCAAACGGCGGCUCUUCCGCCAUCUACCAAUACCCCCUAAACGGCGGCUCUUCCAUGAUCGAUGCUCCCACAAGAGCCGUGCGCUCGUGGUGCGCGCAAUCAAAAUGUAUGCAAUACAGUAAAUUAUUACGCUACGCUUCUACCGUAACCAUAAAAACGUAGGUGCAAAGUUGUAGCCACGCUGUAGCGCCCCUGAUUUCUCGUUUCUCUUGCCGUUAGUUACUAGCGGUACACGGUUCGGUUUGGAUUCUAAGUCGACCCCCCCAACUUUGGAUUGCCAAAUUUGAAAAAAUGGGUCGACCUACAAUCGUGUAAAUACGGUAGCCUGCUUGUCCAUAGGAAUUGUUUAAGUUGAAUUGAUUUCCAAAAAGUAGCCAUCACGUACUCCCGUGUGGUAUGUUUACCUGUUUGAUGUCAAGUUCGUCUAGCCAGAGUUCUUUCUCUUUAGGACCCAAUCCCGGAUUACUAGAUAUUGUGCGCUGAUCAGCUAAAAGAACAAAACUGUACUUUCUUCUUUUCCUUUUGAUGUGCUAAUCUCACUUCUCUUAUUUAUGUAUAGCCUUGUAACAAGCAGUCCAGUGUGCUAUUCAUUGUUUACUUGGAAAAAUGUCACUUCGAGAGUUGUUUUCACACAGUUAGAGUUAAUCCGAAACUAGUGACAUUCCAUCUGAUAACUGUCCUGGCUGCCCUGUUUUUUGGUGUCCACAUGUACGUAGUUUGGUGUAGGCUUUCGUCGCAUAUGAUGUGUUGGUGUAAAUAGCAUAUAAGUGAUCUGUUAGAAAUGUGUGUACGUACGUGCAUGCGAUGUAUCCACUCUGUUCUAGUCUUCUUGUACAGGCACAGAUGAAAAAGACAGUUGCAUUGACUUUUACCAAAAACCUUGUUUUAUUGCUUUUUUUUUCCCUUGCUUAUUUGUCCAGAAAACAAUUGGCGUCUGGAUUCUGACACAACCAUUUCAAGCAUAUUAGCAACCCUGUACACUUAUUAAAGACAUCUUAUGACCUUUUCA